UGUACCUCGGUUACAUACUUCCAUUUUCGAAGCCCAUUUUUGUUUCCCGUGGAGAGAGAGAGAGAGAGAGAGAGAUGAGAGAAGAGGUGAUCAGCUCCGGCGGGAACAUGGAUCCCACUCCUGCUGCGAGUUCUGCUGGUGCAUCGUCACCUGCUAUCCCGACAAAUUUUGGCAGUGUAGACCGUUCCAGUCAUGGACAUGGUUCCAGAGCGGCGUCUUUAUCCUAUGCUGGUUCACAGCAGCCAUGGACUUCCCUGAGCACAAGUGCUGGUGGUUCUGCUCUGGGAUCAUCUCGACCUUCAUGCAGGCCAUGGGAGAGAGGGGAUUUAUUGAGGCGCUUAUCUACCUUUAAGCCUUCUAAUUGGUUUGGGAAACCAAAGGUUACUAGUUCUUUGGCUUGUGCUUUGAGAGGUUGGAUGAAUGUCGAUGUUGAUAAAAUUGCUUGUGAAUCAUGUGGUGCUUACCUUAGUUUUGUUUUGCUGCCAACUUGGACACCUGCUGAAGUUGAACAUGCUGGUGAAGCCUUUUCCAAUCAGCUAGAUGCCGGGCACAAAAUGGCCUGUCCUUGGAGAGGGAAUAGUUGCCCGGAAAGCUUGGUGCAGUUCCCUCCUACUCCUCAGUCUGCCCUUGUGGGGGGUUACAAAGAUAGAUGUGAUGGGCUUUUGCAGUUCCAAUCUCUUCCUAUUGUAGCUGCAUCUGCAGUUGAGCAUAUGCAUGUUUCUCGGGGUGUGCAGCUUGAGCGCUUUCUUUCCCAACCACCAAACUUUACAGCAGGCGAGAUAGAUUUUAAGACAGAGAGUACACAAGAGCUUGAAAACUCACGAGACAGUGCUAUUUGCUUAUACUCUCGUGCUCAGAAGUUAAUAAGCUUGUGUGGAUGGGAACCAAGGUGGCUCCCCAAUGUUCAAGACUGCGAAGAACAUUCUGCUCAAUCUGCAAGAAAUGGAUGUUCCUUUGGUCCUACCCGUAUGCAGGGUCAUACUUUCCAGGAUCCUGGACCAAGCAAGAACGGGUUCUCUGCUUCAGCCAAAAAAGACGCUGGAAAGAAUAAAUUAUUGGUUGUGGAGUCUAGAUAUGAAUCUAGGUCACCUUUGUUGGAUUGUGGCCUUUGUGGUGCUACUGUUAGAAUAUGGGACUUUCUCACUGUUCCUCGGCCUGCUCCUUUUACGCCUUCCAACCUUGAUAUUCCUGAUGCUGGCAAAAAGAUGGCAUUGACUCGUGGGGCUAGUGCAGCUAGUGGAAUAAAUGGUUGGGCUGAUGACAUUGAUAAAGAGCAGACUGAAGACCGUGAUGAAGUUGCAACAACAAAUGAGAGAAUAUUUUUGCCACAUGCAGAUGUAGAUUUAAACCUAACAAUGGCUGGGGGUUCAUCUUAUACUCAGUUGGGUAGAACUGGGAUGUCUGGCAGUGUUCGGGAGGCAAGUAUUGGAAGGGAUCUGAUGAUUGGGCAACCUGCAGGCAGUGAGGUUGGUGAUCGUGCAGCUUCGUAUGAAUCACGAGGCCCUAGUUCUCGCAAAAGGAGCUUGGAAAAGGGUGGCAGCUCAGAUGAGAGGUUUCACUUAAGGAUGCAACAGGCUGAUAGUUUUGAAGGAACUGUUAUUGAUCGUGAUAAUGAUGAAGUCACAGAUGAAAGGCAAUAUUCUGCUGGACCUUCAAAACGUGCCCGGGACCUGGAUAUGUUUGAUACGUAUUGUUCAUCAUAUCAGAAAGAGCCAUUUGGUGCAGGUCCUAGCCAUUCGAAGGGUCUUGAAAUUUAUGCAGAUGCCAACAGAGUUUCGUCAUAUAGGCAAGAAAAUGAUCAGUAUGUAGGAGCUGCAUUCACCAGAGAUUCAGCACGGGCAUCAUCUGUUAUUGCAAUGGAUACGGUCUGUCAUGGUGCUGAUGACGACUCUAUGGAAAGUGUUGAAAAUUAUCCUGGAGAUGUUGAUGACAUUCAUUUUCCUUCUUCUAGCAUAUAUGGCAAUCUGGACAUGAAUGAUACAUCAGAGUUGAAUUAUAGUAACCAAGCACAGCAGAGCAUCUGUUUUCAACCAAGUGCUGAAGUAGCUCCUGGAGAGAUGGGAGUGAGCAGUACAAAUGAUGGUGAAGAAAUCUUCAAUGCAGAAACUGCAACUCCUCAUCCAAGGGAUGGGUUUAGUUUUGGAAUCAGUGGAGGGAGUGUUGGAAUGUGUGCUAGUCAUGAAGCUGAAAUUCAUGGGAAUGAUGCUUCUGUCCAUAGAGCGGACAGUGUUGUUGGUGAUGUGGAACCAAGAAUUGAAGAUGCUGAAAAUCAGGGUCUGACUGGUGAAUCAGCCCCUGAUCCUGGACUAAUGGAUGAGAUAGUACCUGAGGAAAUAGUUAGGGCAGAUGCUCGCGGUGAUAGCCAGGAGAUGUCUCAAUCUGUAGGUAGGGCUGAUAGUGGCUCAAAAAUUGAUGGUUCCACGAAGGCUGAAUCUCUUGAAAGUGGCGAGAAGAUAAGUCAAAGCCACAAGAUAGUACAAGGGACUGGUGACCAUCCUUCCCUUUCAUGCAAUGCUAUUGUAUACUCUGGUUAUGCAACAUCCAAAGAGGUUACUGGGGCUGGAAAAGCAUCAUCCGUGAAACAUAGUGCAUGCUUGGAGUCUGAGUAUGUCGUUGCAUAUGGGAUAGGUCCCCCAAAAGGGGAGAGCAAUUAUGAAGAACCUACAGAAUUUGAUCCCAUAAUUUAUCACAACAAGUUCUGUCCCUGGGUUAAUGGAAACGUUGCUGCUGCGGGCUCUAAUAGUUGUGGCUCUGGCACCAGUGCUGAUGCAAUUGCACUGUGUGGAUGGCAGCUGACAUUAGAUGCAUUGGAUGCCUUACGAUCAUUGGGGCAUUUGCCAAGCCAAACAGUGCAGUCGGAAUCAGCUGCAUCUUUGCACAAGGUUGAUCAUCAGACUCCGGGCAGAAAACUUCUGCAACACCAUUCUGUGAGCAGAAGCCAUGGCCAACAUUGAGAAUCAAUCUCUGACUAAAGGAACCGAUGCUAUGGGUGAAUGAUGGAAGCUGCUUGGAAACUGGACUCUCGGUUAUUGCACUGGAAUUCAACUAAAAUUUUAAAUGCUUAACUUGUUACAUACUUGGACUGGUUCUGCUCGUCUGGACCUAUUAGUUUUUUUUAUUCCUUUUUUUGUCUUUUGAGGGUUUAUUUUGGGGUUCAUUUUCUAGUCAAAUAAGUGAUGUAACCAAUGGAGGUCUGGCCUUGACUGAAUUUUCAAAUGUGUUCAGUGAAUUAUUAUUAUUUUAUUUCAUAUGGGAUCCAUUGUUUUCUGGAACUUAA